UUCCUGACCUCACCCAUUCUCUUUGGUCUGCCAGUGGACGGGUGGUGGAUGUAAAGAUGGACACUAAAGAGCUAGUCAGAGGUAGCGCGCCGACAGUCCAGCCGGGACAGGCCCACUAGCGACUCCUUUUCCGCAGCUCCACCACGUCGCGGCUCUGUGGCUGGCCGCGCGGAGACUCAGGGCGAUCCGACACUUGCAACAUGGCUCCAACUCCUGACAAGCCGCUGCGACGGCCUUCCUGCAGCGCAUCUUGAGCAGCCUCGGACCUCAUGUUGUUACUACCGCCUGCGUACAGCACCUGGUACUAAUCGCCGCCUUGGAGACGCCGUUUGGCUCCGGUUCGCCCUCCGGUUGUGCCAUUUGUCCUCGCGCAUGUGCAUCUUCACCUAUGCCAUUGUUGUAGGUCUUCUCGAACAUGAUUCUCAGACGGCGAUGCGGCGCUUCGGACUGCCUGGCCUGGUUCUUCAUCUCGGGCAUCGCGCUCGUCUUCUUCCUCAUAUGCAGCAUCCUGUACGGCACGCGCACCGAGAACCCCUCCCUCCCGCAAGCGGUGCAGGAGGUGCUCCCCGCCGGCCGCUGCCUCUGCCAGCAGUCGACCACGUUCAACUGCGAGUCUUGCCUGGACUGCGCCGCGCGUCCAGCAAUCGUUGCCAAUGCCACACACGCCCUGGAAACAUGGGAGUUUGACUUCCGCCGCGACGGCAGCAACUACGGGCUGGACGAGGACCAGUGCGCAGCGGCGUUCCCCGGCCUGUUCGAGGACAUUGAGCGGGCCAAGAACUUCAGGAAGGGCAGAGGCCUGGUGACACAGAAGAACCUGACGGAUUUCGAGCUCACCAAGGGCAUGGUGCGCGCCAUGAUCCACGACGGCCAGCUCUACAUCCUGCAGACAUGUCUCGUUGACAACAUCAAUCGCCAAAAGGCAGUCGCCUCGCUCGCCGCCCUGCACCGCGCCAUCUCGGCUGCCCGCGACCGCCCCGCCAUUGCCAACAUCGAAUUCGUCCUCAGCGUCGAAGACUUGCCCGCGCAGCCCGAAAAGCCCCUGUGGAUGCUCGCGCGCCGUGCACAGGACGAGGACCUGUGGCUGAUUCCCGACUUUGGCUGGUGGAGCUGGGACAUGCCUGCGCUCGGCGCCUUCGACGAGGUCGCUGACGAGGCCAUGCAGCGCGAACGCCUUGAGCCGUGGGACGCGAAGAAGGAGAAACUCGUAUGGCGCGGCAAGCUGAACUUUGCCCCGAAGCUGCGCAGGGCGCUGGUCGAGGCUGCCAAGGGCAAGUCCUGGAGCGAUGUUGGCCAGGUGAAGUGGGAGGAUACCGAGUUCAAGGAGCCCGGCGCACACUUCUUGGGACCCGUGGACCAGUGCAGCUACAUGUUCAUUGCGCACGCCGAGGGACGCUCCUAUUCCGGCGCCCUCAAAUACCGCCAGCUCUGCCGCUCCGUCAUCGUCUCGCACAAGCUGCAGUGGAUCCAGCACUACCACUACCUGCUCCUCGCCUCAGGCGCCAAGCAGAACUACGUCGAAGUCGAGCGCGACUUUUCCGAUCUGUCCUCCACCAUGGAUGACCUCUUGGCGCAUCCCGAGAAGGCAAAGCGCAUCGCCGACAACAACGUGAAGACCUUCCGCGAAAGAUACCUGACAGGUGCCGCCGAGGCUUGCUACUGGCGUGCAUUGGUACAAGCGUGGAAAGAGAUUAGCUUCGAGCCUUCCUUAUAUGAAACGGUGGCAGACGGGCAGAACAAGGCGAGACAGCAGAAAAGAGGCGUGCGAUACGAGACUUUCAUAUUGUACGACUACGAAUCGCAAGUAACAUUUCCUCAGGUUGCGCAGUAAAACAUAGAAUGGGUGGUCAUUUGAUUAAGAUGCAUAGGCUUAACGCCGCUUAUGGUCGCAACGUUGUCAGCGUUUGAUAUACCCUAUUUCUACAUUUGGGAAGGCCAAUCUGUUAUAGAUGGAUGCAUAUAUUCUAGAAACCAUUAUACGUGUACACGAUGAAAAUACGAGUC